UAGGAAAAAAUGCCGAACUGACAACACAUCAACAACAAACUUUUGACUACUGCAUGAGGAUAUUGGGCAGUUCUACUCUAUACUCAUUAACUCAACAUUAUAAAUCAGUGGCUCGCGAUCAUAAAUCAUCAUCAAAGGCUUUACGUUUCGCAAACUUAUUCUCUAAAUUGCAAUCUCAAACAACCGUAACGAGAAAAUGGGCUAUAUUAUAUUUUUUAUUAUCACUCAGUGAUCAAUCUAACAUUGGUGAAAUGGGCAAAAUCUUUAAUACAUCU